AAGCGGUUGCUAUGCAUUGGGGGGAUGUACAAGCCUACUAUGCUUUCAUAACAUCUCGGGGUUGGAACGGUUUCGGUGGUUUGUUCAACCGGCAAAUACAGGAAAGACUAGGGUAGCGCAAUGCCUUACCGUCGUGCUAUUCGAUAAGAAGAAACAUCCGUGCAAAGUGCCAUCAUGUUUGCCUGCUUUAGCUGCAUCCGUGUGCCAAGAAACAGUUCAACACUGCUGCUUCGUAGCUUACCAGGGCUGUGCUCGAUUCGAAACGUUCACCGAACCGGCAUCCUCUUGUCCGAGGGUGUGAACGAUGCUUCCGUCCCAGCUACCCCCAGCUGUGUCUCGUUUUUCGGCCAAUGGCCGGAAGAGGACCGUACGACGUUCGUCAAAGAUAUGCGCGUGCUGGAUCGGUUUAUAGAUGAGAAGGAGGAAGGUUCACUGCUGGAAGAGAUCGAACCGUACCUGAAGCGGCUGCGCUACGAAUUCGACCAUUGGGACGAUGCGAUACACGGGUACCGGGAAACGGAACGCAAGCACUGGUAUCCGGCCAAUCGAGCUAUCCUGGAUCGUAUAGUAUCGAUUGCGUUCGAGGGAACCGCCAUGCCUUACGUCCACGUGCUGGAUCUGGCGGAAGAGGGUGUGAUCAAACCGCACGUCGACAGUGUGCGGUACUGUGGCAACACCAUUGCCGGCGUUAGCUUACUUUCCGACUCCGUGAUGCGACUGGUGCGGACAAACGACGAGGAGCAAACGAACGCCGAGUAUCGGCAAAUAUUUUCCCAAGAGCGGCAUAUCAAGUAUUGGGCCGAUGUGUUACUACCACGCCGAUCGCUUUAUGUGAUGAAACACACGGCACGAUACAAAUACACGCAUGAAAUUCUGCCCGCCAAGGAAUCGCUGUUCCGGGACAAGCUGAUCAAAAAAACGCGUCGUAUAUCAAUAAUAUGUAGAAAUGAUCCAUAAAGCGUAGUGUGCAGUGUGUAGAAUAAAGCAAAUUUGAACCAGCUAAA